AUUCAAUAUAAGAAGAACGCUUUUAAUGAUUUUUCAAAGUUGAAUAAAUAUUUAAUUUGAUUUAUUUGCUUUUUAUAAACAUGAUGUAAUUGAAACUGCACAACAAUUAAAUGACUAUGUUUCUUUAAUACGAUUUUGUUUCUGUGAUUUUAUCAUGAAUAAUUUAAAAGAUGCACACUGGUUUCCUUUAACGUCACAGGGAAACAUUUAUUCAAUGACUAAAUUAUGCUCCAUCAAUGGUUCUAAUAAAGUAUUGGUGGCUUCUUUGAAAAGAAAAAUAUAUUCUUGUGAAUAUCAUUUGAUGCCAAAUCUACAUUUAAGACCAUUGGUUAAAGAACUACUUUUCACAUAUAUUCCCAGUGGUGCAGAAAUUAUUUCUAUUGAUGCUUAUAAUAAGUCUGAUAGUGGUGAUGGAUUUGUAAUAGGAAUAACUAUUUUAAAAGCAAGCACAGAUACAUCUGUAGAAAGAUAUUUAAAUAUAUACACAGAAGGUGCUAUAGAUGGCGAGGGAGAUGAAGGAAGUUCGAUUGAAGCUAUAGCACAAAAUUGUCUAAUGGUGGAAUUAGCAUAUACACCAUAUCAUUUAUAUCAUACCAUAUUACCUCAACAAAAUGCUCCUAAUGAGGUCGUUUGGUUACUUUCUGGCAGUGAUUAUAAAAUACACAUGAUCAGAGAAGAUAAGUCAAAUCACAGUUACAGUGAAUCAUCCAUUGAAAAGUACUUUCCUGAAUUACAUGAUAUCCAAGGAAUUGCAAUAUGGAUUAAUAUUUACUACUAUAAUAAUUAUAAUUGGAGAUUGACAGUAAUUGGUUGUGAAUGUGGUUUAGUCAAUGUAGCUAUAACUAAUGUUUCAGAAUUGAAAAUUUGCCAAAGUUGGAAAUUGAGAUAUGAUAGACCUAUUUCCAAUGUAUCCAUUUUUUCACUUAAAAAUAAUAUUGAGAAACCUCGUUUCCUUAACUCUAAUAAUUGUAAAUCUUUUAUAAAUGAUCAAGAAACAAAGCUAAAUAUACUUGUUGUAAAUACGAAUAAUGCAGUUGUCUUUAUGGAUGUUUUAAAUAACGGGAUGAAUGAAGAUAUAACAUUAAAUGGUAGUGAAACAUCUGAUUGCAUUUUAUGUUCCUGUAUUGCUGACAUAAAUAUGGAUGGUCAAAAUGAAAUACUCUUAGGAACCUAUGGUCAAGAGGUGCUUAUUUUUUGUUUCGUAAAUGACACAUGGGAAUUGAUCAUUAGAAAAUUGUUUGACGCUCCUGUACAUUCUAUAUGUUAUAUGGAUAUUACUCAUGAUGGAAUGAAAGAACUUAUUGUCCUUACGCAACGAGGAGUGCAUAUAUUGCAGCAUAACAUCGUGGAUGUCAAAGAUAAAUGGAAAAAACGAUAUAAAAAAUUUCUUAAAGAAAAUGGGAUAUAAUCUUCAAACUGCCACUU